AUAUACUCAUGCAAGUUACUUUGUGAAGAAACAUAAGUGUUAAAAACCAAAGCAUAUAGACAUCAUUACCACUUGGCCAAUGGCCAUGGCCCUCCACUCGGUGGUUCUAAACCCUGAAGACACCACCACCACCACCACCACCAUUACUAAACCAAUGGAAGAACUUUCAACAAUGGUGAAACCUGAUCAGGCCUUAUACCUCAUAACAUUAAAGUUUGAAGAGGUUGUUUAUAAAGUCAAACUUGAAGGUUCAAGAGAGAAGACGAUACUAAAUGGGGUAACAGGUAUGGUUUGUCCAGGAGAGAUACUAGCAAUGUUGGGUCCAUCAGGAAGCGGUAAAACCACCCUCCUGACCGCCUUAGGCGGGCGGCUGACCGGAAAACUCUCCGGGAAAAUAACAUACAACAGCCACCCGUUUUCGGGUCCCACCAAAAGAAAAACCGGAUUUGUGACCCAAGAUGAUGUUCUUUACCCUCAUCUAACCGUGACCGAAACCCUCUUAUUCACCGCUAUGUUACGUCUCCCAAAAACCCUGACUCAAGCCGAAAAGGUGCACCAGGUGACUCGAGUCAUAACUGAGUUGGGUCUGACCCGGUGUCAGAAUAGCAUGAUUGGUGGCCCACUAUUUAGGGGUAUAUCAGGUGGUGAGAAAAAGAGGGUGAGUAUAGGUCAAGAAAUGUUAAUUAACCCAAGCCUUUUGUUGUUGGAUGAGCCGACUUCCGGUUUGGACUCGACCACGGCUCACCGGAUCUUAACCACGGUUAAACGGCUUGCGAGUGGUGGACGAACCGUGGUCACCACAAUUCACCAGCCAUCGAGCCGGAUCUACCACAUGUUUGAUAAAGUGAUCUUGCUCUCUGAAGGCUCACAAAUUUACUAUGGUUCUGCUUCCACAGCUUUGGACUAUUUUUCUUCAAUUGGAUUUUCCACGUCUGUUACAGUCAACCCGGCUGACCUUUUACUUGAUCUUGCUAACGGGAUUGCACCUGAUUCAAUGCAUGAUUAUGAGCAAGGUGAAAACACGGACGAUGAGAAGAAAUCAAUAAGGCAACAACUCAUCACUUGUUAUGAAACAAGACUGAAAACUGAUGUAUGUGAUUUGGAUGUUUGCAAUUACAAUCUUGGAAAAGAGGCUUUGCCAAGAAACCGUAUGGAAUCAGAGCAAUGGUGUACAAGCUGGUGGCAUCAGUUCAAGGUGUUGGUUCUCAGAGGACUUAGGGAGAGGAGAUUUGAAGCUUUCAAUAAGCUUAGAAUCUUUCAAGUCAUAAGUGUUGCUAUACUGGCUGGACUCCUAUGGUGGCACACUCCUUCGUCCCAUAUUGAAGACCGAAUAGCAAUGCUUUUCUUCUUCUCAGUAUUUUGGGGAUUUUACCCACUCUACAAUGCGGUUUUCACUUUCCCUCAAGAAAGAAGAAUGCUAAUAAAAGAGCGUUCAUCCGGAAUGUAUCGUCUCUCCUCUUACUUUUUAGCAAGAACCAUAAGUGACCUACCACUUGAGCUUGCACUCCCAACUGCUUUCACCUUCAUACUUUAUUGGAUGGGUGGGCUAAAACCCGACCCGCCCACUUUCAUCCUUUCACUCCUUGUUGUCCUCUACAAUGUUCUCGUGGCCCAAAGUCUUGGACUUGCAAUUGGUGCUAUACUUAUGGAUGUAAAACAAGCCACUACUUUAGCCUCGGUUACAACUCUGGUUUUUUUAAUUGCCGGUGGGUAUUAUAUACAACAAAUCCCGACAUUCAUAGUGUGGUUAAAGUAUUUGAGUUAUAGUUACUAUGGUUACAAGCUUCUUCUUGGGGUUCAGUUUGAUGAGAACGAUGUUUAUGAAUGCUCCAAGGGUGUUUAUUGCCAUGUUGUGGAUUUUCCGGGGGUUAAAUCCGUCGGAUUGAAGAACUUACAUAUAGAUUUGUUGGCUAUGGGGUUCAUGUUGAUUGGAUAUCGGUUCAUUGCUUUUCUUGCAUUGCACAGGGUCCGGUGAAGUUUACAUGAGGACCAGUUUUCUUGGAAGAGAAAUAAUAUUAGAUUUAGAUCACAUGUUGCAAGAAUUUUGAUCACAUUUACCAAAACGCCCUUGUGGCAAGUGUAUGCAUAAAACUAACUCGCCAAUUUGAUAAAAAGAAUUAUUAAUAAAAUUAAUGAAUGGAGUGGUUAUAAAAAUG